AUUGUCAGCUGAUCACUGCAGUGCAGCGUGCAAGCAAGCCUGUCUGUCAGGAAUGUAAACACUCGUUCAUGUGCUGAAGACUUUUCAGUCCACAAGUAGGAGUCAGCCUGGAACUACGAGGACACUUGAUGUUGCUGUCAUCAUGGCUUCAACCUCCAGCUUUGCUCCACCAAAACUGGCUGACUUCAUCCUCACAGAGAGGCUGGGCAGCGGUACCUACGCAACAGUCUACAAAGCCUACAGAAAGGGGGACAGUCGAGAGGUGGUGGCAGUGAAGGUGGUUGGGAAGAAAACUCUUAACAAGUCAUCCACAGAAAACCUGCUGACAGAGAUUGAAAUCCUCAAGACCAUGCGUCAUCCUCAUAUUGUCCAGCUGAAAGACUUUCAGUGGGAUGCUGAGAAUAUUUAUCUGAUCCUGGAGUGGUGUUCCGGUGGAGAUCUUUCAAGCUUCAUCCGGAGUCGCAGGAUUUUACCUGAGAGGGUAGCCCGACGCUUCCUGCAACAGAUGGCCUGUGCACUCCAGUUUCUCAAUGAGCGAAACAUCUCUCACCUGGACUUGAAACCCCAGAAUAUUCUGCUCAGCGGCUCCAUUCUCAAACUAGCAGAUUUUGGUUUUGCUCAGUAUAUGUCUCCAUGGGAUGAGCAGAGUGCCUUGAGAGGCUCUCCUCUCUACAUGGCUCCUGAGAUGGUGUGCCGACGUCAAUAUGACUCCAGGGUGGAUCUCUGGUCAGUAGGAGUCAUUCUUUAUGAGGCUCUGUUCGGGCGAGCACCAUUUGCAUCAAGGUCAUACUCAGAGUUGGAGGAGAAGAUACGCAGUAACCAACCUAUCGAGCUCCCUCCCGGGGCCAGGGUAUCCAAGGACUGCAGAGACCUUCUGUUGCGGCUGUUAGAGAGAAAUCCAGAUGCCCGGAUCACCUUUGCAGAGUUCUUCACUCACCCCUUUGUGGAUCUGGAGCACAUGCCCAGUGCAGAGAGCCUUGUGAAAGCGAAAGAGCUGGUGCUGCAGGCCGUGCAGAAGGACCAGGAGGGGGAGAGGUCUGCUGCUCUCUCUCUGUACUGCAGUGCCCUUGAGCACUUUGUCCCUGCUAUUUACUAUGAGACGGACCGACAACGUAAAGAUGCCCUCAAGCAGAAGGUCAGCCAGUAUGCGUCCAGAGCUGAGGAGCUGAAAGCCUUGGUGGCCUCAGACAACAGACUGAGCUUUGAGCGGGCCCGGACCUCCAGGGAUGUCCUGCGAGAAAUGUCUCGAGACCAACCCCGGCUGCUGGCUGCUCUGGAGAUGGCCUCUAUGGCUAUUGCUAAGGAGGAGAGUGGAGCUGAUGAUCAGGAGACCCUGGACGUGUAUCAGCAGUGCUUAGGAGAACUACUGCUGGCACUGGCAGCCGAGCCGCAGGGCCGCAGGAGAGAGCUGCUCCACAGUGAGAUUAAAAGCCUUAUGUCCAGAGCUGAAUACCUCAAGAAACAUAUCAAGAUGCAAGAGACUCAAAGGGACGUCUCCCUGGAUCGAGAACCUCUGGCAGACUCCGUCAGAAGCUCUUGCUGCUUGCAGUAAAUGUGACGACCACCGUGGGAACAGGCUCAGACGUGCCACGUGGCAUCAGAUUGCCUGUCAGUCAGCAUUCACGUGUCACAGACUUCACCUGAACAGGUCUCUGUCGGGGCCAAAUCAAACCUGUGCAGCACCACAUCCUAACCCAGGCAGAACGCUGUAUGGGUGGGAUAUCACAGUUGCCAGCUUCAUGUGGUGAAUGUUUUGGCUGACGCAGGAGGGAUUUAUUUGGCAGGUUGAGAGCUUAUUAAUUCUUUCUGGAAAAUUAAAAAAAAAAAGUUGGUGAAAAUACUGAAAGAAGCUCUUGAACUUUGAACGUUCACACUGGUGAAUGUGAAAGUUCUUUACACUGUGUUUCUGCAAAUGCUCGGCCUCAAAUCCCUCCUCCUGAUGCACCAUUGAUAUGUAAAUACUGGACAGCUUGUAUGACAAUACCACACUGUCAUGGUAAACGAGUUAAACUCAGGCUGCUGCAUUUAUUUCAGCCUAAACAUUCAAAAGUGAUUUGAGCACUCCUAAAAACUGAAAACCCCAAAACAUGAUCAAAUAGGAACUGUGAUGUGAAGAAAAAUCAUGUUAGCUUUAAACUAUAGUAAUAACUAAAUCAUAUCAAACAUGCAUUCCCCCUCAGCCCUCCUUCCCCACUGCCUUUACUGUGGGUAAACCACACGCUCACCAUGCGCUCUCCACUGAUCGAGCCCUCUCCACCACUAUGAGGGGAAAACUGGAGAGGUGCGGCCUCUGCCUUAUUUACACUGGACUUGGAUUUUCUUAGGUUUGGCACUGGAUUCAUAUUUGAGGGAUACAGUGAGUUGUGGAACUCAAGCGAAGCCUUCAUAACCAGGCCUCUGUGAGACGGUAAAAAGCUUAACAGCCGGUGGCAGGCUGCUAAUCCUCUCUGUUGUAGGUCUACACAGACUGUUUUGAUCUCAGAAAGGUUAAGCGCUUCAAUAUUCCAGAAGGGAGCUGGACUUUGAAGACUGGUGAAGUGGAGAAUAUAACUGAAACAGGAUUUAAAGCAGAAAAGUAUUAAUAUGAUGCUGGAAAGGGUGACACAGUGCUGUAUUGUUUAAUUUUUUUCAUUUGAAUGUUUGUACAGCUGUGAUUUUAUAAUUCAUGUAUUUAUUAAAUGAGAAAUUCAGUUGGAAAUGAAACUGCACUCUCUGAGGUCUGUGUAGACUGGAUGUUUUGUCAACAGCACCAGGCAAACGCUCGUAUUUCAGAGCCUAUGGAAAGAUUAAUGUGCCGUCGUAGGAUUGACGCUGCUGGUCCCUGGCCAUCGUCAUCAUCUGGAAGGCCGCUCUGCAGGAACAGCUGGCUCAUAUCCACAAGAGAAGAAGAGGAAGGGAAGCAGGCAUGGGAAAGUAAGGACAUCUGAUUAUAAAAACAUUCAUAGGGAAGUCUGGAACACUAUGGAAACUAAAUGUAUACAUUUUCAGACCAUUACUACUUCCAAAUUAUGUGAAUCAUGCAAGGAAUUCAUUACAACUGAAUCAUAAUUUCUCUUUUAUCGUCUGUGUCUCUUCUGUCAUGCAGCUUUAAUCGUCUCUUUUCAUAUUUCUCUUUGCUGUUUUCACAAGUACUGUCAAUUUUCUGUCUGUUUUCCAAAUGAGCUGAGAUUUUAUGCAUUUAAACCAUUGCUAGUAGUUCCUCAUUGUCCUUUUCAGUUCCUCUUAAAAUGUCACAGAGAAAUGUCUCAAAUUGCAUGUUGCUUGUCUUUCUCAGAGACUGUGUAACACUUGUACACUGCUGACAUUUCUUUCAAGUUUGACCAUGAAAACAAAUCAGUUUGUGAACAGAUGUCAUCUCCUGCCUGAUAAAGACCCUCCUGUAUACCUGCUA